AUGAUGGAAGACGACGGUGAUGGUAACUCUCUAGUGUUCAAGAGAAGUGUCAACGAUAAGGAUCAAUCACAUAGAAAACCGUUUGAUAACAAAAGGGAUGAUGAAAAGAAACCUUUGGUUAGGAAGUUGCAGAAUGGUUCCACUCUUGAAGAUGGGGCUAAGGUAUCUUGGAAGAGACUUCUGGAUAAAGGAAGCUAUGUUGAUCAAUCUUCCAUGAAGAAGCCAAAGACAUCAUCAUCUUCAUAUACGUCAGUUGCAACAAAACAAGAUUAUGUGGAAAAGGAAAAACAAGGUGAUAAGAGGAAGAAGGUUGUGGUAUCACCUAAACAAGAUGAAACUGCUGUUGAUGAUAAUGAUGAUGAUGAUGAUGUUCCAAUAGCCAAGAGAAUCAAGUCAGAUUCCUCCAAUAGUAAAACACCAUCUACGAAAGGUGAAGUAGUAAAACAGAGUUCUACUUCAUCAGCUAUGAAGACAAAAGCGAUCAGAGUAGUUUCUCCUCCGGCCAAGACGAGGAGCAAAGAGUCCAAGAAAGUGACGAACAAGGACUCUAAAAGCUUACCUAAUGGCGAUGGGAAAAAGAAAUGGACGACCUUGGAGCACAAUGGUGUCACUUUUCCACCACCAUAUAAGCCUCAUGGGGUUGCAACGUUGUUUGCUGUGAUGAGGGAGACAGAGUAUUAUAGUAAACCUAGAUUUAGGGAGAAUUUCUGGAAUGAUUGGAGGAAACUACUUGGCAAGAACCAUGUGAUACAGAAGCUGGAUGAUUGUGACUUUACCCCCAUAUACGACUGGAAUUUAGAAGAGAAGAAGAGGAAGAAAGAGUCGAAAGAGAAGAAACCUAAGCAGAAUGAGAAAGAGAAAUACAUGUGGGCUAUUAUUGACGGUGUCAAAGAGAAGAUAGCGAAUUUUCAAGUUGAACCUCCUGCGUUAUUCAGAGGUCGAGGAGACCAUCCAAAGAUUGGAAAGCUGAAAAAGCGUAUCUAUCCUCAUGAUGUGACUCUAAUUCUGGGGAAAGAUGCUCCUAUCCCUGAAUGCCCCAUCCCUGGUGAAAGAUGGAAAGAAAUAAAGCAUGAUAACACACUCAUGUGUAUAGCAUACUGGAAUAAUCCUAUUUAUCCAAAACUCUUCAAGUACGUUAAUCUGGCAGCUAGCAGUUCUCUCAAAGGCCAUAGCGACAAGCAGAAGUACGAGAAAGCCAGAAAGCUUAAGGACCACAUAGACAGUAUAAGAGCAACCUACACCAAGAAUUUUACAGCUAAGGAUGUUUCGAAGCGACAGAUAGCUGUAGCUAUCUAUCUCAUUGAUAAACUUGCACUUAGAGCUGGUAAUGAGAAGGAUGAUGAUGAGGCAGACACUGUUGGAUGCUGUACAUUGAAAUUAGGACAUGUGGAAUGUGUUCCUCCAAACAAGUUAAAGUUUGACUUCCUUGGUAAAGAUUCAAUCCAAUAUGUGAAUACGGUCGAAGUUGAUCCUCCUGUUUACAAAGCCAUUGGACAGUUCCAGGCUGGUAAAUCAAAAUCAGACGAUCUUUUUGAUAAGUUGGACACAAGCAAACUAAAUGCUCAUCUCAAGGAGCUUAUGCCUGGUCUCACUGCUAAAGUGUUCCGUACAUACAAUGCAUCCAUCACAUUGGAUGUAAUGUUGAGGCAAGAGACCAAAGAUGGUGAUGUUAGCCAGAAAUUAGCAGUUUAUAACCAAGCAAACAAGGAGGUGGCCAUAAUUUGUAAUCACCAGCGUACUGUUUCAAAGUCUCACGGUGCACAAGUCCAGAGAUUGGCUGGAAAAUUAGAUGAACUCAGGGAAGGUCUAAAACAACUUAAAACCAACCUGGAGAGGGCUAAAAAGGGAAAACUUCCAUUGGAAGGUUCAGAUGGGAAGAAAACGAGAAACAUCACUCCAGAAGCGUGGGAGAAGAAGAUAGCUCAGAAUAUGAUGAAGACGGAGAAGAUGGAAAGAGACAUGGAGAGUAAGGAGGACUUGAAAACCGUGGCGCUUGGUACGUCUAAGAUCAAUUACAUGGAUCCUAGGAUCACUGUCGCGUGGUGCAAACGUCAUGAAGUGCCCAUUCAAAAGACGUCCAGGACCAGGAGCUUCAUUCCAAUCUGGAUCAGGAACCAGACAAUGGCUUUUCUUGCGACAUCCUUAAUAUUCGCUGUCGUCGGCAUCAUUGCUUCAAUAUGCACUAGAAUCUGCUUCAACAAAGGCCCCUCCACCAAUCUGUUACAUCUGACCUUGGUCAUUACAGCGACUGUCUGCUGCUGGAUGAUGUGGGCGAUUGUAUACAUUGCGCAGAUGAAGCCUCUCAUUGUCCCUAUCCUAAGCGAGGUAGAGUAG